GCUAACACCAUAGAGACUAAGAUUCCAGCAAUAGAAGUAACAGCAACGAAGGUAUUUGUGAUAGAGAAUGCAGCAGAGGGUGCAUCAGCUUCCCCUGGGUUUGAUGCUGGGCCAUUUGUUCCUGGUGCUGGUGGAGAAGAAGUGUUUGGGGUUGGUGAUGAAGGAGAAGGUGCUGGAGAAGAAGUGGUUGAAGGAGAGGGUGUUGGUGAAGUGUUUGUGGAGGGUGAUGGUGCAGGUGCUGAAUUAGGUGAUAAAGAUCGGGUAGGUGCGGGUGCAGGAGCUUGUUGUGCUAUGCAUGAGGUAGCCAACAAUCCCAAUAUCACAAACACUUUGAUUGCAACAGAACCCAUGUUGUUAAUAUAAAUAUCUUAGUGAUAGAGAUGAAUGUUGAGUGAAAUGUGAUUUGUGUAAGGUUCAAGUGAAUAAUUGAGGGGUAUAUAUAGUGUGCAAUGAAUAAUAAUGAGUCAAAUAAAAUAAAAGACCGAUUCAAAAAAUUUAAAAAAUAAAAGACUAAUGUUCCA